CGUACUGGUUUCAUCAAAAUCAAAAUAUGUCCAGUAGUGAUCUUAACUCUAAGGAAGCCAUCUCAAAGGUCGAGCAGCAGCUGUCUCCAUCAAAAGAUGGUAUUAUCGGAGUGACGUUUUACAUCUUUGUAGACAUGUGCGAAAACAAUCUACAACUUGAAAACCACGCUAACCGCCUACAAAGCCUUCGCAAAGAAUUGAACUACGUCAAAGAGACCGAUUGGCAAUACGAUUCAAUCGAUAAAAUUCUUGGUCAAAAUUGAUGCUAGGUUAGGCUAGGUUUUGCUGAUUUUGUUUUUU